AUGCAUCCGACUUCGUUAGCUGCAGCUGUUCGGCAACGGUUGCAGAUCAAGAAGCCCGAUGUGCAUCCCGAGGAUCCAUACGAUUUAACAGACCUUUAUGAUGCUGCUAAAUUCGUUCUCGCAGGAUCGUCAAGCUCGUUCCCGUCGUUGCCGUUGCCUUCGCCAAAGGCUGAGGUUAUGGUGAAGCCUGAUCCAGGCAUUUCUGCGCUUGUCUCGUCGGUUCAGACCUUCUCCGACUCGCAAUUCCCCGCCUCCAGUGCACGCUCCUGUGCCUGCCCGGUUCCACCGACCUCCGCACCUCUUCCGUCAACUCAUCCGUUCGCCGCGGCUCGUGAUGGCGCAUAUGCGCCUCCGAAACAGCGAAAUCUGGGUGUGCCAGCUGCAAAAGCACUACCCCCCCGUUCUGCGGCGCCCAUCUACAAUCCCAAGGACGCAGCAACCGUAUUUGAUAGCGUUCUCGACACACCUAUCACCCAGACGCUCCGGCAAGUUCUGUCAACAGCUCCCGAAGUUCGUGCGCAGAUGCGCGAAGCUACGAGUUACCGCCGUGCUCCGGCCAAGACCGGCGAUGUUGCUCCGCAGUUCUUCAAAGCUGCAUCUGUCGCGGUCGCUGAGGAGGACGGAGGCAUGGCCAUACGAAGAUGA